AGAUUUGGAAAUCUCAAGACCUGAGUUAAAUACUAUUUCUCAACUGUUUCUGCGCUUCCUCAGCAGCCUUCCUGACGCUGCAGGGUUCUUCCUGUGGCAGUGUACCAUCGCCCAGUUUUGAAGGAGUACGUGGGGAAUACUCACCAGGAAACCAUGUUGGGGCCGAAGCAGAGUCUGCCAUGCAUUGCCCCGCUGCUGACCACGGUGGAGGAGACUCUGAGCACCGUCUCUGCUCGGGUCCGAGGACACAUUCCUGAAUGGCUUAAUGGCUAUCUACUUCGAGUUGGACCUGGGAAGUUUGAGUUUGGGAAGGAUAGAUACAAUCAUUGGUUUGAUGGAAUGGCUUUGCUUCACCAGUUCAGAAUGGAGAGGGGCACAGUGACAUACAAAAGCAAGUUUCUACAGAGUGAUACAUACAAGGCCAACAGUGAUGGAGAUAGAAUUUUGAUCUCAGAAUUUGGCACGCUGGCCCUUCCUGACCCAUGCAAGAGCAUCUUUGAACGUUUCAUGUCAAGGUUUGAGCCACCUACUAUGACUGACAACACCAACGUCAACUUUGUACAGUACAAAGGUGAUUACUACAUGAGCACAGAGACCAAUUUUAUGAAUAAGGUGGACAUUGAAACGCUGGGAAGGACAGAAAAGGUGGACUGGAGCAAAUUCAUUGCUGUGAAUGGAGCGACUGCACAUCCUCACUAUGACCCAGAUGGGACAGCAUACAAUAUGGGGAACAGCUAUGGUCCAGGAGGUUCUUGCUAUAAUAUUAUUCGUGUUCCUCCAAAAAAGAAAGAGCCCGGGGAGACGAUUCACGGAGCACAGGUGCUAUGUUCUAUUGCGUCCACUGAGAAAAUGAAGCCUUCUUACUACCAUAGCUUUGGAAUGACAAAAAACUACAUAAUCUUUGUCGAACAGCCUAUAAAGAUGAAGCUGUGGAAAAUAAUCACUUCUAAAAUCCGGGGAAAGCCCUUUGCUGAUGGGAUAAGCUGGGAGCCCCAGUAUAACACGCGGUUUCACGUGGUGGAUAAACACACUGGACAGCCUCUCCCAGGACUGUAUUACAGCAUGCCUUUUCUUACCUUUCAUCAAAUCAAUGCUUUUGAGGACCAGGGCUGUAUUGUGAUCGAUCUGUGCUGCCAGGAUGAUGGGAGGAGCCUAGACCUUUACCAACUACAGAAUCUCAGGAAAGCUGGAGAGGAGCUUGAUCAGGUCUAUAAGUCGAAGGCAAAGUCUUUCCCUCGAAGAUUUGUCUUGCCCUUAGAUGUCAGUGUGGAUGUUCCUGAGGGAGAGAACCUCAGCCCACUGUCCUACUCUUCAGCCAGCGCUGUGAAACAGGGUGAUGGAGAGAUCUGGUGUUCUCCUGAAAAUCUACAUCAUGAGGACCUGGAAGAGGAAGGGGGGAUUGAAUUUCCUCAAAUCAACUAUGGCCAAUUCAAUGGCAAAAAGUACAGUUUCUUCUAUGGUUGCGGUUUUCGACAUUUGGUGGGGGAUUCUCUGAUUAAGGUUGACGUGACGAACAAGACACUAAGGGUUUGGAGAGAAGAAGGCUUUUAUCCCUCGGAGCCCGUUUUUGUUCCAGUGCCAGGAGCCAAUGAGGAAGACAGUGGGGUUAUACUCUCUGUGGUGAUCACUCCCAACCAGAGUGAAAGCAACUUCCUCCUUGUCUUGGAUGCCAAGAGCUUCGCAGAGUUGGGGCGAGCGGAAGUUCCCGUGCAGAUGCCUUACGGGUUCCACGGCACCUUUGUGCCUGUCUGAUGGCAGAGGCGCAAGGAAGGCUAAGAUCAGGUGUCAGUGAGCACACUCUAAGGACAAGAGAAAAUGGUGGAUCUCACUCAAAAGCUGUUGUAGUUUGGAUCUGACCCUGACCCCUAAGGACUCAUAGACCCGACUCCCGUGGGCUCAUCAACCCUGACCCCCAACGGGCUCCUAGAUCCUGACCACCACGGGCUCAUAGAUCCCGACCACCAUGGGCUCAUAUUUUAAAUGCUUGUUCCCAGCUUGUGACACAACUUUGGGAGGCUGUGGAAACUUUUAGGGAUGAUGUCUCACAGGCACCAGGAACUUGCCUUCGAGGCCCCUGGUUCUCUCAUGUUCUCUCUGCUUCCUGGUCCACUACUACAUGAGCAGCCUUCAUCCCAUGCUCCCAGCCUUGCCACUGAUGGGGUACUCCACCAUGCCUCCCUACUAUGGUGGACUGAAUCCCCUGACUGUGGACCAAAGAUAUAUUUCCACCUUAAGUUGUUCUGUCAAUUUGAGUUUUUUUUUUAAUAUAGCAGUGGUUAAAUAACUAAUAAAAAAUCCCUGAUGUAUGGUUUUCCAUUUCUA